AUGGCAACUAAUUUUUGGAUUCCAUUAAUAUUUUCCUUGCUCGUGAUUGGAUCGAGCAAAUCCCAGUCACUAUUGCCGGGGUUCUAUAGCACGACGUGCCCUAACCUACAAUCGAUUGUUAGUGGAAUCGUGAAUCGAGCCGUGUCGAACGAAGCUCGUAUGGGCGCGUCUUUGCUUCGUCUCCAUUUUCACGAUUGUUUCGUUAAUGGAUGUGAUGCGUCGGUUUUACUCGACGACACAGCAAGCUUCACGGGAGAAAAAACUGCGUCUCCCAACAACAACUCGUUGAGGGGAUUUGAAGUGAUCGACAACAUCAAAACGCAAGUGGAGGCCGCGUGUCGUGGGGUCGUCUCGUGUGCUGACAUCUUGGCCAUCGCAGCACGCGAUGGGGUUGUUGCUCUCGGAGGUCCAAGCUGGCAAGUUGGGCUCGGGAGGAGGGACUCAACCACCGCAAGUCGAAGCGAUGCCAACAACCAAAUCCCAGCACCGACUCUCAGUCUGAGUGCGCUCAUUACCUCCUUUAGUGGCAAAGGUUUCAAUCAGAGGGAACUUGUUGCCCUUUCAGGGGGUCACACGAUCGGGCAGGCGAGAUGCACAUUGUUCCGGACAAGGAUAUAUAACGAGACAAACAUAAAUGCCACGUUUGCGGCAGCCAGGCAAGCCAACUGCCUGUCCAGUGGCGGAGACAACAACCUAGCGCCACUGGACAGUAGUCCCGUGCAAUUCAACAACGACUACUUUCAGGAUUUGGCCUUGUUUAAAGCUUGA